AUGGCAGUCAUUUCACGUCUCAGCCAGCUCACAGAGGACCAGAAGCGCAUGUGCGACGACCUCCUCACUGUCCUCAUUCAGCGCAACCACCCUAUCGACCCCCCUACCCUCGAUCAGGUCCGCGAAGAGUUCUGGACCAGAAUUUUCAAGUCAAACUGGACCACUAGCAAUCUCAACGUCGCCCCUGUUAAGCUCCCUAAGCGCACCAACGACGAGAGCGCUCUUCUCAUCGGCACCCUCAACCAGAAUGUCCCCAAGAAUGGCAGUGUUCCUGGCUACCGCCGUUCUGACCAGCCGGUACUCCUCAAAGUUAGCAUGAAAAUCGACCCUCAGUUCGACGUUCCUGUGGCCAGCUUCUUCUGGGUCGACCAGCAGGGCCAUCGCGGAUCUGAGCUUUCCAACGCCUCCAUUGAUAUUGAGGGAGACCUUACCCUCGACGAGGCAAAGGUUGAGGUCGGCUUGCACUAUGACACCAACGAGAAGGAACGCGUCGGCGGCUGGAACUGGUCCAAGGUUACCUACUGGGGUCGCGCAAGGCUCAUUAAUGUUGCCCAGGGUAUCAUCACUGCCGCUGGUGAGGAUGUAGAAGAGCUCAAGCCAGUUCGCUUGGUCCAAGAGCAUUGGAUGCACAUGGAGGAUCUUCAGCAUUCACUGAACCAGGUUGAUGGUCUUGAGGGUGCCGUAAACGUUUAG